GCAAAUCUCGCCAGACUACAAGCUGCCGCAACCAAAGAAUACUCGCUCAAGAACUAUGCCGCUGCCUCGGAAUUCUACUCGCAAGCCUCGGAGCUGCAGGAGCAGCUGAACGGUGAAAUGUCCCUGGAUAACGCAGAUCUGCUCUAUCAAUACGGUCGCUGUUUGUACCACCUGGCUGUCAGCAAGAGCGACGUACUAGGAAACAAAGUUGCUGGCAGUGGAGAACCUCAGAAGAAGAAGCGCAAGACCAAGUCAAGUGCUGCGAACAACGAUGCCCUCAAGGACGGCGACCAAAAGAUGGCAGAGGAGGUUGUUGAAGCUGUCGUCGAAGAGAAGGAUGGCAGUGCCACAAAGAAGGAGAACGAACCCGCGAACAAGCCCUUCUUCCAAAUCACCGGCGACGAGAACUGGACAGACAGCGAGGACGAAGGCGACGAUGCUGAAGAGGAUGGCGAGGAAGAGGAAGAGGAUGAUGAUUUUGCUAUCGCAUACGAGAUUCUUGACGUUGCACGCGUCCUUCUCACCCGCAAGCUUGAAACGAUACCCCAACACUCUGACAGCAAAGGCAAAGGAAAGGAGACACUCGUCGAUAACCCCGAAGCACGACAGGUUAUGGAUCGUCUUGCCGACACACACGAUCUCCAAGCUGAACUUUCUAUGGAGAACGAGAACUUCCCUGAGGCCGUCGCCGAAGGUCGCUCAGCACUCGAGCUGAAGCAGAAGUUGUACCCUCUAGAGUCUAGCCUUCUCGCAGAAGCACACUUCAAGCUGGCACUCGCCAUGGAGUUUGCCUCAGUAACUACAACAAACGCCGAGGCAGUGGAACAAGGUGCUCAAAAAGAGGAGGCCGUUGACGAAGAUCUGCGCAAGGAAGCAGUAACACACAUGGAACUGGCCAUCGAGUCCUGCCGCCUACGAGUCGAGAAGGAAGAAUCCUCUCUGUCAUCCCACCCAGCCGACAAGCAAGAAGCAAAGAAGAAGGAAAUCAAGGAUGUGAAGGAGAUGAUGUCCGAGAUGGAGCAACGACUCGUCGACCUCAAGACACCUGUGGGGGCUGCGGAGAACCCUCUGCGCGGCAUUCUGGGCGGUAUGCUGGGUGAAACCCCCGCUGAUCAGAAACAGCGCAUCGCUGAAGCAACAGCAAAUGCCAACGAUCUCAGCGGCCUGAUCAAGAAGAAGAAG